AUGGAGCUCGAAUCUGCGCUUAAAUCGGAUGCUUUGACUGCCUUCUCCCGGUCAAUCGAGCAAACUCUAGGUCCAGCUACUUCAGUACGUGGUAAAUUAAUCCUCGCAGUAGAUGAAUCUCAAUUGACCAUCUUUGAAUUGCUCGCUUAUGGCUCGGGUGGUACUGAAUUCUACGACGGCCUCGGAAUUUCUCGUCUCAUUUGCGUCCAAUUACAACGUGGUGACGUGGUGCAACUUCAACGACAAUUGGAGAUUUCUCAGAACUCAAUGGACAAUGGAAAGCAAAACAAGAAGACGCUGGACGUGGUGGUAGUGGCCCCACCACUUCCCACGGUGGCCAAGCGCCUGGCCGACGCCUUUCGACCGCUAGAACUCGUACCUACCCGACGAUGUGCCGUGCUAUGGCUACCGACAGCCACAUCAGACGUGACGUUGGAGAUGGAGCGACAGGGAGUUGCGGGUUUUAUUCUCCAAGCUAAUUUGGCAUUGGGACUGAUCCCAGUGGAUCGCGGAGUCGUGGCGCUUUGCCACGACAGUGUGUUUGGAGAACUCUAUGUGAAGGGAGACAGUCGAGCGUUGACUGUUGUUGUCAAAAGUAUCUUGGCCGUGGAGAGACAUACAGGACGCAGAGUGGGAGACGUUAUGUGUCACGGCUUCUUCGCUCAAAAAGUGAAAAAGAUGCUGGAGCUGGCUCAUCGACAACAGCAGAAAAUCAAGAUGAGUCGAGGAGCCGAAAAGAAAGAAGAAGAAGCAGACGUGACCAUGUCGAUGGAUAAAUUGGUGGUGAUUGAUCGGAUGGAAGACCCGCUGUCCAUGUUGCUGACGCCGAUGACGUAUGAAGGACUGCUGGAUGCACUCGUUGGCGUCAAUCAUGGCGUCGUCACGUACGAAAAAGAAGAGGAUGAAGCGGAUGAAACUGCUAGUGAAAGUAGACGCAGCACCACCAGUACUGUGGACGAGGAGACGACACCCACGACUACAGCGCAGAAAGUCGUAUUGAACCACCUGGACGCGCUGUUUGAUGAGAUUCGAGACGUGAACUUCAACUUGGUUUCCGACCAGUUGGUGGAUGUUGCUAAGGACUUGGCUGCCGAAGUGCGUGGUAGUUCCGCGGGGUCUAGCUCUGACGCGCCAAAGGAUAGUCAGGCAGAGUUUCAGAAGGUGAAAGCUCUGUUGUCUAAAGCACCUCACUUGGUCAAGAAGAAACGGUCACUGGCGCAUCACUUGCAGCUUGUAGAGCGUAUCCGAAAGCUCAGUACGCAGCAGGCUCUGCGUGGUUGUGUCGAGACUGAAAUGACUAUCAUGAGUGCCGGUUCAAGUGCAUCAUCGGCUGCAGCCAAGGAUGUAGGCAGGUUUUUAGAGGAGGCUAUCCUGCGUGAACCUCCUCUGAACCUGUACGACGUGGUAAAACUACUUUGUUUGUGCUCUCUUGUCCGUGGUGGACUCAAACCGAACGCCUUGGCUUGGUAUCGCCAGCAGCUCUGCCACACGUACGGCCACCAGAUCUUGCCUUUGCUCGUGCAACUAGAAAAAAUGGAUUUACUUUCCGUGGAAAACCGCUUUGACUUUCCGAAAAUGCGUAAGCAGCUCCUGCUUAUGCGUGGUGCGCUGGAUGAUGAGGAUACAAGAUGUCCUAAGGAUAUCCACUUUAUGUUUCCCUACACGGGGUACGCACCAAUGAGUAUACGUUUGUUGCAAGAAUCGCUAGGCAUGAAGUACAAGACACUUGCUAAGGAUCCGACGUCAUCAAUGCUGAGUUUGAGUAGUUGGAAUGUCCAUGGGAAUAGGAAAGAGAAUGGAUCCAGCAGCUAUCUUCGCAUGUCUGGAGAAGCUUCAGGUUAUGACACUAGCACCGAUGACAAACGCCAAAAUGUGCUGGUAUACUACGUUGGUGGAGUCACGGUCGCAGAGCUUACAGCAUUUCGCUUCCUGAAUCAAAAGCAGAGCGAUUUUUAUUUCUUCGUUGCUGCCACCUCCGUAUGCAAUGGUAGUCGUCUUUUGCGUGCCAUCUACUGA